GUCGCGACGUCGAUCGAGCCCUUUUUUUUUCCACCGCACACCAUCAAUAAACCCGCACUCGUGUACCAACUGGGGGGGGGACUCGAAUGGGCAUUUGUACUAGUAAAAAAAAAAACCCUCUCAUAACCUUAUCGCGUGUGUGCAUGUGUGUCCUAGCGCCUCCUGGUGGACGGGAUAGGGGUGGUGAAGGGGGUUUGACCGAGGAGGGAAAUUUGAAUAAAUAAAAAAUAUCGACAUCGCAACCCUUCGCCUCGAGACAAAUAGACGGGAUUUUUUUUUGAGAUGAUAUUUGUUUGAUGUAUGUGCUGAGAGGUGUAUUAAUGUGUCUGUGAGGGAGAGAAGAGAGGGCAGUGGAGUGGUAGUUGUGAGGAUGAGAUCGAUUGGAUAGGCGGUGGAUACGUGGAACGUUCACGGGGGUGGGAUGUUUCACAGGGAAUUGAUGAUACAGAUAAUCUCAUCUGUCGGAAUGACAAAAAAUGCAGUCACUAGUCUGGAGACAUUUUGUUCUGUCAGCAAAUGGCGGAUAAAUUGUCGGGGUGAAUUGAAUACGUGGGGCAAGUGAUAUCGUGCGUGGGUAAGGAAGAAACGUCAAGGGUAAUUCGAGAGGACGAGAAACGAAAAUUUGUAACGGAUGUUAGCGCGAUACCGCGAGAAGGAAAUGCGGCCAGUGGUUUUGAUUCGUUGAGGUACUCCCAUGGUUUUAUUCAGGGUAAACGGGUCAAAGAUCGAUAGCGGUGAGUCGAGUGUCCUGACACUCGUGUUCUCAUCCAAAUUCUCCGAAUUCCAUUCUCAUGACAUCGAUACGAUGAUGAUCCGUUUAGUCCAGAUAUGAGUGGUAUCAUUUGGAGAUGUCCUGGUAGAUUACAUGGAAGAACAUCGACAGGGUGAAGCGUCAAGUGAAGAUCCCAAUGUCGGCGAAUGAAUUGGACAGGUGUAAAUAAUUGUUGGACAACAUCCGGUCCAAGUGAUCAUCACCAGGUCGAUCAGGAUGAGCCACGAAUGAACAGCCCUGUCCAUACGUGAAACAGGACGAUUGAAGGUCGAUCGAUGACACGAAGGAGAGGAGUCAUGAUUGAUAGAGUGAAACGAAAAGGCACAUCAGCCGCAGAAGCUUGAUGUGGACCAAGUCAUCAAACAACCUCGUGAAAUUGAUGCCUGUCAUUGAGCACGUGAGGAAAUCGAUAAGCCAGUCAGCAUCCGAAGGGGUCACCACAGUGGAGAUAAAAAUCUACCCUGCAAUUGAAUCGGAAGUAGUGGCUCCAUUUUGCCAGUGGAACAGACCCUCAUCAAAACCUCUCACAAUUGAGAAUCGAAUGAAACAGUUAAUGAUCCCCUUGGACGAGUGGAGGAGACACCGACAGGAGCUCCACCUUGAAGAAAGUAGCAAUUGGGAGACUAAGUUGGUGAGGAAGCCAGAGAGGGAAGUGAAAAAAUCGAGAUAUAUCUGGAGCGGGAAAACGUAGGCAAGUGGGUCAGGUCGGUUAAAAGUGAGAGAGAUAAAUCAUUGGUGGAUGAGAGGAUAGGGGUGAGAAGGAGGUGAUCGCGGUGGAGGGGAUUUUGGUGUAGAUAAAAAAAAAAGGGCAGUACCGGAAGUGAGAUUAGGGGAGAGAGAUAGAGUGAGUGGAUACGGGGGUGGGAGGGGGAAAGAUAGAGAAGAGAGACGUUUAUUGAGAUAUGUCUAGGGACCCUUACGCCUCAAGUGGGGUGGUUGGUCCAGGUGGUGGGACUAGAUCACCGCGUAGUGGUAGACGCGUAGGGGAAUUGCCGACAGUUGAUCGUAGUCCUUCGAGGACUUAUGCCAGUGGACGGGGUAGUCCACUUGGACGAAAACGUGGAACGAGAAGUGGUAAUAAUUCACCGGAACACCUUGGUUAUGGAUCGUAUCAUCAUCAUCAGUUGAGUAGUCCUUUUUAUUCACGCGACGAGGAUCUUGGUAGUCCAGUUAUGCUGGAGGAAAGGGGCAGGAGUAUGUCAACAGGGGGUGGUGGUCAUCACAGAUCACGAAGUGCCUCGAGACCGGCAAUGUCAGGGGCUUCAGGACUGUCAGCCAGGUAUACGAGUUUGGAUCGGGCGUCAGCUGGAAUUCUCGAUCAUGAUCGAGAAUUUGUCCCGAUACGGGAGCCCAGGGAGCGCAGCAGGGAUCGCGGUGGAUUGUAUCUGGAUGACGAUAUCUAUGGAUCGAGAUCAGCUAGGCAGAGUCCCAAUCCACAUCUCCUCAGGGAUGGUGGUCUUUAUAUUGGGGAGCUCCAGCAUCAGAAUAAUGAUCUUCAGAGAGAGCUUGGGAACCUUAAGAAGGAACUCGAGCUCACUAAUCAGAAGCUUGGCAGCUCGAUGCAUAGUAUCAAAACGUUCUGGAGUCCUGAAUUGAAGAAGGAGAGGGCACUUAGGAAGGAGGAAAGCACCAAGUACAGUCUUAUCAACGAACAGCUCAAAUUACUCAACUCGGAGAAUCAGAAACAAAGUAUGAUGGUGAGACAAUUGGAGGAAGAAUUAAGAAUGCGGAUGAGGGGUCCUAGUGUUGAGAUGCAGCAGCAAAUGGAAGUACUUUACAACGAGAAUGAGCACCUAACGCGGGAGAUCGCCAUCCUGAGAGACACAAUAAAGGAGCUUGAGCUGAGAAUAGAAACUCAAAAGCAAACACUGCAAGCCCGCGAUGAAAGCAUCAAAAAGCUCCUUGAAAUGCUCCAGAACAAAGGAAUGGGAAAAGAGGAGGAGAGGAUCAUGUUCCAGCAGAUGCAGUCCAUGGCGCAGAAGCAGCUUACUGAAGAGCUCGACGAGCUCAGGGGUGAGGUACAGCGCAGGGAUCAGGAAAUCCUUGGUAUGGCUGCCAAGAUGAAGACGCUGGAGGAACAGCAUCAGGAUUAUCAGAGGCACAUUGCUGUGCUCAAGGAGUCACUCUGCGCCAAGGAGGAGCACUACAAUAUGCUGCAGGCUGACGUCGAGGAGAUGAGGCAGAGGUUGGAGGAGAAGAAUCGCCUAAUUGAGAAGAAAACUCAGGCCGUUCUGCAGGCACAGCAGGAGAGAAAUCGUUUCAACACGGAACUCACUGAACUUAAAGAUCACAUGGAUAUUAAAGACCGGAAGAUUAAUGUCCUCCAGCGGAAGAUUGAAAAUCUUGAGGAUCUGCUGAAGGAGAAAGACAACCAAGUGGAUAUGGCGCGUGCAAGGCUGACUGCCAUGCAGGCACAUCACUGCAGUAGUGAAGGCGCAUUGAGCAGCUUGGAGGAAGCUAUCGGGGACAAGGAAAAGCAGAUGGCACAGCUCAGAGAGCAGCGGGAUCGUGCUGAACAAGAAAAACAGGAGGAGAGAGAGCUCCAUGAGAGGGAAUUGGCGGAAUACAAAAUGAAAAUUCACGCGCUGGAGUCUGAGGUGGAAAAACUCGGUGCACGAUUGGAGCGUGCACAAGCAGAGAAGGAUCGCCUGGAGGCAAAACUCGAGAGUUCACAGUCAGAAUUAGGUAAAAGUAAAGCAGAAUUGGACAAAGCAGCAUCUGAGGUGGGUAGAAGUGGUGCCGACUGGGAAGCAGCCAAACAGCGGUUGACAAGACUGGAAUUAGAAAAUGAGAGGCUGAGACACGAUGUUGAAAAGUCCCAAACAGGAUUCGGCAGAAGUACGAUAAAUUCAUCACAAGAGAUGGAUAGAAUUCACGAACGUGCUGAAAAAGCAGCAACUGAGCUGAGAAGAGCUCAGGCUGAAUUGCGCGUUACACAGGCAGAUAACGAGAGAGCGAGGGCCGAGGCAACAGCCCUUCAAGAAAAGGUGGAAAAGAGUCAGGGUGAGGUAUAUCGGUUGAAGGCGAGAUUGGAAAAUGCUCAGACUGAACAAGAGAGCCUGCGUGAUGAGUACGACAGAGCGCAGGCCACUGUCGCCAGGCUGCAUUCUGAGAGGGACAAGGCAGUUGGUGAAUUAGAAAAGGUGCAGGAGGAGUUGGAGCGUACGCAAGCAACACUUGGUAAGGCUCAACUCCAACAGGAGAGGCUUCAGAACAUGUUGGAUAAGGCCCAGAGCGAGGCUGACAAGCUUCAGGAGCGACUUGAGAAGUCACAGACUGAAGUCCGACGUAUGCAAAUGGAGAAGGAAAAGCAGAACUACGACUUUGAUAACGUGCAGAGUCAAUUGGACAAGGCCCUGGGGCAAGCUGCAAGGAUGCAAAAAGAGAGAGAAGCAAUUCAGCUCGAGGUUGACCGACUCACAGAUAAAUAUGAGAAAGCGCAGGUAAUUGUCUCAAGAUUACAAAAGGACCGUGACAAUCUCCAGGAAGAGGUCUCAAAGCUUCAGCGGGACAAGGAUAACGCACUUUCUGAAUUGGAUCUCGUUAAAGACAGGUGGGAAAAGGCGCACAACUCUCAUCAGAAGUUGACUCUGGAACGCGAUGAUGCCCUCACGGAGAUUGAAAUACUCAAGGAGAAGCUCGAUAAAUCCCAAUAUAGCCUAGGAAAGGCAAUGGAGGAGCGAGAAACAACGAGUAAAGAAUUCGAAAAGCUGUUGGGUAAAUUUGAUAGAGCACAAAGCGAGUCGUAUCGUCUACAGAACCGCAUCGAAGUCCUAGAAGCGGAGAAAGACCGUUUGGAAUUGGAUACAGAGAAGAACCAACACUUGUCCAUCAAGAGUCGCGAGGAAGCGCGAAAGGCGCAGGAAGAAUUGGCACGUGUUCAAGAGAUGUAUGAUCGUGCGGCACUGCAACUUAGUCGUGCCAAAGAGAGUGAAGAGAAAUCCAAGGAAGACCUGGACCGUUUGAGCGUCGAUCUGGAAAUGUUGCGCGAGAGAUACGAGAAGUCACAAAUUGAAUUGCGACGCUUGCAGAACGAACGUGAGAAGCUCGUUGCUGAUAAUGAGAGAAUAAGCUUCGAGCUAGAGCGAGCGCAUUCGCAAUUGAACAAGGCCCAGGGAACGACGGAGAAGACUCAGGACGAACUCCAGCGAAUGCAGAUUGAGAUUGAGAAGAUGUACGAGAAGCACGAUAGACAGCAGGCGGAGGUGCGCAAAGCGCAGGCAGAGGCUGAGAGAUUGAGAACUGAAGCGGAGAGUGCGAGGGAGGAGUGCGAGAGGUAUGCAUCGAGAUUUGGAAAGUAUCAGGAGAGCCAGGAGCGUCAGAAGGAGGAGCACGAGCGUGCUAAACUCGAUGUUGAGCGACUGCGGGACAGACUGGAUAAGGCACUUGCUGAACUGGAGAGGGCGAGGAAAGCUGAGCAGGAUGCAUCGAGAUUGCGUGCCGAUCUCGAGCGUGCAGAGGGUGUUCGAGGUAAAUACCAGUUCGAACAAGAGAAAUGGCAGAGUGAUAGUAGUAGGCUACAGCAGGAUCUUGAUAAAGUGAGGGAGAGGCUUGAUAUACGCGAGGCUGAGUUGAAGCGUACACAGUCGGCUAGCGCUGAGCUUGAGACUCAGCUGCACGAGAGCCAGCUGCAGCUUGAGAGAGCUAGAGAUGAAGCUAGUAAGGCGAAUGCCAAUCAGGAGAAGAUGAGAUCUGAAAUUGAGAGGGCGAAGAUCGAGGCGGAGAAAAUUCGUGAUAGGCAUGAUAAACUCAAAGCCAAGGCUGAUGCACUCGAGGGGGAUAAUGAGAAAUUGAGAGUUGAAAUAAUUAGGCUAGAGAGGCUUAUGCAGACCGAGGGUAAAACGAGGUCGGAGAGUGCGAGUAUCGAGGUUGAAAGGCUGAGGGCGAGUUUGGAUAAGGCUCUUGUUGCCAGGGAUCAGGUGGAAUUGGAGGCUGGUAGGCUUGCCAAGGAGCUCGAGAAGUCGCAGAUGGUGUUGUCUAAGCAUCAGGAGGCAGCUGAACAGGCCAAGAAGGAGUACGAGAGAGUUGUCAAUGAAUUAACCAUUAUACGGGAGGAGCGUGAUACACUGAGACAGGAGAUACGAAGAAUUCAACAGCAGCAACAGGUUAUUGGUAAUGAGGAACUUGCCAAACUCCAGCAUGACGUACAAUUGGCGUUACGCGAGCGUGACAAAUUGGCAGCUAUUCUUGAGAAUCGUGAGAAGCACUCGGAGAAGAUUGAGAAAUUACGGGAGAAACUUGAAGCUGAGAAUAAACAGCUGCAGGUGGAGCGAGAUCAAUUGGUCAUUCAGUUGGAGAAAUCUCAGGAUAUGUUGAUGAAUUUCCAGCAGGAGUUGAAUACGAGUGAGGCUGAGCUGGAGCGACAGAGAGAGGAGGUCAGACGAUUGCAGCAAAUUCAGCAACAGGGUACACCCGAUCGAGCUGUUAAGGAGACCCUCGAGGCGCAACAGAGAGAAGUUCGUCGUCUUACACAGCAAGUUCAGAAUCUCACUCAGGAGCAGAGCAAGGAGCGACAGCGUGCAGAGCAAGCGGAGAAACGAAUUCAAGAGCUCCAGAUGCAACUGGCAAGUGCUGGUGCAUCAGCGACAAAUGAGGGGCAGAUUGAGCAGUGGCGUAAGCUCGUUGAAACGGAAAAACAACGAGCGGAUGGUGCGGAGAGAAAUGCCAACGAGCUGCAGAAGAGAAUUCAAACGUCUGAGCGACAGAUACACGCUCAGCAGCAGCAAAUUCAGCAGAUGCAGGUGAUGCUGCAGCAGGGACAGCAGCAGCAGAAUGGCGGUGGUCAGGAGACGGUUAAACUGCGAAAGGACCUCGAGCGCGCUAGAGAGGAGAUCAAGCAGGCAACUGUUGAGCGCGAACGCUUCCAAGCUCAGCUAGAGAUGCUGGUGCAGGAGCUCGAGAAAAAUCAGGUCGAUCUCCACGAGGCGAACAAGAAACUCCAAGCUGGCGCAGCGAAAGCUGGCGUCGACACUAGUCAGGAGAGAAAGCAGUUGGAUGAUCAAAGACGUCAGUUGGAGGAGCAGAAGAGACAGACUGAGGAGCGAGCUAAGAAUGCCGAGGGUAGAUUUAGAGCUGCUGAAGAGAAGGAGAGGAUGCUCCAGAAUCUCGAUCAAGAUCUCAAGAAGCGAAAAGCGAAAAUGGAUCAAUUGGAGCAACAGCUCCAAAAGAGUGGUGGGUCGCCGGACAAAAGACUGGCAGAUAUGCAGAAAUCCCUGGAGAUAGCUGAACAACAAUUGGAAAAAGCUAAGGAAGAUGCUGGACGAAGCGCUGCCGAGACAGAAAGACUACUUCAACUUGUGCAAAUGACACAAGAAGAGCAGAACUCGAAGGAAAAACAAAUCCGAGACCUGCAGGAAGCACUGAAAGCCGCACAAGCCAAGUUGAAACAAACAGCUGCACAGCAACAAGAGGCGGGACCCGCCGGAUUCUUGAAAAGCUUCUUCUAAGGUCGUUUUUCGUUGGAGACGCCUCCUCCAUUCUUUUUAGUACAAUUUGCCAGUUAAGAGUGAUUAAAAAUUAAAUAAUCGUAUGAACUCGUGUAAAAGAGCACCUCGACGAAAAUAUUAAACAAAUCCAUGGAUAAUUACAGCUGUGAGUUGUCGAAUUGACGGUGAACAUUUCAUUGAGAUGAUUAUUAAUUUUUCGUCAGAUGCUACGACCAUUGUUAACGUAUUAAUAAAAAGAAAUAAAAAUUAGUGAUGAUAAUUGAACAAUUAAUAUUACGAUUAAUGAUAAACAA